AUGAAGAUUGAAAAAAAAACUAUUAGGUACAAUAAAAAUUUCACUAUUAUUGAUGCCUUUUGCUUCAAUAUUACAAGUGAAAAUUUAUUAAUUCUACUAAAAGUUAUUUAUAUAUAUCACAAAUUUACAUCAAAUAUUUAAUGUGUUCAAUAUGAUAUCAUAGUAGUUAUAUUUAUUGAUUUCAUAAUAUUAUGAUUAAAGAUCGAAUCCAAGGUGUUAAUCCUUGAGAUCUAGAGAUAUCUUCAUGAUAUGAUCAUUUGAUUGUUGAUUGACGUGACUCAGUCGUUGUAUGUUAAAUCACGCAAAUUUAAAAUUUAUAAAACUAGAAAAUACGAAUUUUCGGAUAUUUAGAAGUAUUUCAAAAUAAAUAGAUCAAUUAUAAUUCAAUAAAAAUCUCAAAAAUAGUGGUAAUUUUCCAGGUCGAUCACAGGGAUGUAAUAUAAUAUCUGGUAAUUAUUCAGAAUUUUUCUCAAUGAGUACGAUUUUCUUACGAAUUUUAUACUAGGAAAUAAAAAGGAAAUAUAUUUAAAAUUCACGAAAAAAAAGGAAAUAAGGGUGCGGACGUCAGGAUGACGUCAGCGCCCGGCGAACGCGAAUCAGGCGGAAACAGAGUUCCGCCCGGCGAUUCUUACGUAGGCGAUUACAGACGACUCAAUUAAUCAAAUUAAGAUCUGUAAAAGCCGGAAGAAUCGUAGUUGAACGAAGUAUAGUUUGGUAAAUAAAAAUCAACAAAGUAUCACUAAAUGAAGCGUAAAUUAAAUUGAAAGCAGGAAAACAGAGUUCCGGCGUCGCGACGGCGAUGCGUCGGCGAUGCACCGGAAUCCUGAGCGUUCGGGAGGAUCGUCGUGCAGUGUCCACGGCCUCGAAGGCUCUCCUUGGACAAAGACGACGUGGGCAAUCUCUAGAUAAAGCAGGAAAACAGAGUUCCGGCGUCGCGACGGCGACGCGUCGGCGAUGCACCGGAAUCCUGAGCGUUCGGGAGGGUCGUCGUGCAGUGUCCACGGCCUCGAAGGCUCUCCUUGGACAAAGACGACGUGGGCAAUCUCUAGAUCUUCUCGCGAAGUCUAGAGACCAAUGAAGUGGGUCGUCGAAUCGUCUCCGGCGGCUGUCACCCGGCGGAGCGGAAAAACGGCGACUUUGCGGCUCUCCGGCGGCUGUCACCCGACGGAGAGGGGCUGGAUGGAGGUGAGGCGCGUGUUAGGGAGCUUCAUCCUCAGGUCCGCGCAGCAAGAGGAGGCUCUUCAUCGCAUCUGGUACGCUCUCAGGAGGUGGCGACUGGUCUCCCGGCGGAUCGUCCUCUUCCCGACGACGGCUUGUUCGUCGAUCAAUCGGAGAUGA